CAAAAAGCUGCGUCCAAAGCAGAAAGCAUCCGAAACUCAAUACCAAAGCUCAGUUAUAGACUCAAUUCCUGACUUUUCAAAAAAAAACUCCCAAACUUCACUGAUAUCGGCGCAAAAAUGUCAAUACACUUCAUACUUGUUCUCAACAGACAAGGCAAAAUCCGGCUAGCAAAAUGGUUCAACAACAGCUAUACACAAGAAGACAAACACAAGUUUGUGCUGGAUAUUCAUCGUCUUAUAAGUUCACGUGAUACGAAGAAGCAGUCGAAUUUUGUAGAAUACCAACUGACCAAAUUGGUAUACCGAAGAUACGCUGGGCUAUAUUUCAUUUGUUCAGUAGAUUUGGUGGAUAGCGAGCUCAGCUAUCUUGAAUCGUUGCAUUUUUUGGUCGAGAUCUUGGAUACGUACUUUGACAAUGUCUGCGAGUUGGAUUUAGUAUUUAACUUCUACAAGUUAUACAACAUCUUAGAUGAGAUCUACUUGGGUGGAGAGAUCCAGGAAAUCCUGAAAAAGAAGAUCCUCGACCGAUUGGCGUAUUUGGACAAACUUAGCUGAUCCAGCUCCUUUGUACAUUAGUCUAUAAAAUACACAGCAUUAGUUUU